GAGGCCGCGCGGUCCCGGGAUCCGGGACCAGGCCCUGCACCCCAGGGUGGCGAGGCUGCAGCGCGGCGCCCCCUGGUGGCCGCGGGACUCCUGGCCGGUCUGCGCAGGUGCAGCGCGGGCGCAGGGCGCGGCGGGUUCCAGCGCGGGAAUGGCGCUGUCCGCGGAGGACCGGGCGCUGGUGCGCGCCCUGUGGAAGAAACUGGGCAGCAAUGUUGGCGUCUAUGCUACUGAGGCCCUGGAGAGGACCUUCCUGGCUUUCCCCGCCACGAAGACCUACUUCUCCCACCUAGACCUGAGCCCCGGCUCCGCCCAGGUUAGAGCACACGGCCAGAAGGUGGCGGACGCGCUGAGCCUCGCCGUGGAGCGCCUAGACGACCUACCCCGCGCGCUGUCCGCUCUGAGCCAUCUGCACGCUUGCCAGCUGCGAGUGGACCCAGCUAACUUCCCGCUCCUGGGCCACUGCCUGCUGGUGACCCUCGCCCGGCACUACCCCGGAGACUUCAGCCCGGCGCUGCAGGCGUCGCUGGACAAGUUCCUGAGCCACGUGAUCUCUGCGCUGGCUUCCGAGUACCGCUGAACUGUGGGUGGGUGGCCGUGUGACCCCCAGGCGAUCUUCCCCGUGUAUGAGUAAAGCCUCCCCAAGGUGCA